AUGUGGUUCCAAAUCCUUGCGUUGGCAGUGCUUUCGGCGUACGGGUUACAGAAGCUGCAGAAAGCAGAGGAAUUCCGUCUGACGGUGCGAGCUAUUCAGUACGGCGGGGCGGCGGCGCUGCUGUUGUGGUACGUAUAUUCGACAGUUCACUUUGCGGGCGACUUUUGGGUCCACGUGGGCAGCCCCGUCCACGAGCGCGUAUGGUCGUGGCUUUCGCAUAUGGGGCCGUUGACCAAAGCGGCCUUUGCUCAAGGGUUUGGCCAUGUCGUGAACAAGUCGCAGCGGGUGCGACGCAUGUUGCUGGGUGCUACCGGACAUGACGUCUGGACGGAGGCAGACGCUCUCUGGAUGGCGGCCACCGACGACGAAGACGAAGACGAGGUGGUUGCGGGACUCCUCGCCAAGCUCUCCAGUACCUUCGCAUUCAUUGCGCUCUUGUGUCUACCCCCCGUGCUCCUCUGGCUCUACAAAACUGGCCAGAACCACGGACUCCUGCCCGCCAGAUCGUCCGGCGGUCGCAGACCUUCAAAGCUAGCCCGUAAACAGUCCCUCGACCGAGCUGAACGACUCGACCGAGCUGAACGACUUGACCGAGCUGAACGACUCGACCGCGCUGAACGACUCGACCGCGCUGAGAGACCCACUGCGAAGAAAGGAUCGUGGCCCAGGUCCUACUUCAGGCGAGGCGAAGAGCCCGGCGAACAGUCCGGUGACCAGAGGCAAGUGCACUGGCAGUCCGUCGACACGCCAGAAGUGGACUUGGUCAGCUUGCAGCAGGCUCUCCAGUCCAUCAAAAAGGAGCUGGCGGAAAACACCAACGCGAUUCGAGCCACCGAGUACAAGAUCCGGAGAGCCACCGCGGAACAAGAUGGCUACCAAAGCCAGGACGACCUGGACCUCAAUGAACCACCGACGCGAACUACUACACUACCCGCCUGGGUUGCACCCACGGCGCCGACAACCGCCACGGCCAACGCCACGGCCAACGCCAUGGCCCAGGACCCCCUCACGACGUCACCUUUAGUCUCCCCCCAGACCCCUUCCUCUAUGCCUCCGGCCUCGUCUCCCCUACACCCCUCAAGUGACGGACUGGCUGGCAGUCAGGUGGGCGGCCUGGUGGGCGAGACGUAUGCGGACGGGACGCCCGUAGGGUACCUGACGACUCGGGAGCGAGAGUUGGGUGCGAAGAGUGUGAAAGAGUUAGUGAGUUACUGGACGUUGCGACGGAGGCGCAAUUUGUUGCCAUUACAUAAGGUCGAGUUGGGACGGUUAAGCGAAGCGGAGGUGCAAUUGCCUCGACCGAUGGUGUACGCGAUCAUUAACAAGCGCCGUUCAGAGUACAAAUACUUUUGGCUUACAGCGCAAGGCGUGCCUGCGACCAUUUGCGAUGGUUGCGGUUGGUGCUAUCCCACGGCGGAACGCCAUGUGUGUUCGCCCAAAGGCGCUGGCCCGGACGGACGAACGUUCGGUGAGACGAACUUCCGCGAUGCCCAAGUGAGCACCGCCACCAUCGAAAAGGCCUUCGCAACCAUCAACGCCCUCAAACAGCGCCUGGACGAACGCUUCGAUCCUGCGUUAGCGACUUACUCACAGCCGAGUCUCCAGAUGCCGGGUCUCCAGACGCUCGUGACACCGGAAACUUCCCGCAAACACGCGUGCGGAGAUUUCGUUGCUGAGCAGGGAAAGCUUGCAAACCAACAAACGGCCGGAACGGCCGGAACGGCUGUCACAGCGGAAAAGACCGUGCCGCCGGGAACGGACGUCGCGUCUGGAGCGAACGUCGGGGAGACGGUGGCGGUGGGGUCGCCGUUGCUGGCCGUGCAGUUGGGGCCGCGGUGCGUGUUGGGAGUGGUGGACAGCGGGUCGCAGAUCAACGUGUUGAGCGCGCCCACGUGUGCGGCAAUUGGGGCCGAGUGCGAGACAUUGGUGCGGCUGCCGGAGGCGCGGUUAGUCGGCGUCGGCGGCCGCGCCGGGCGCGCCUCGCAGUGGGUCCGGGUCCGCGUGGCGGCCUGCGGCCAACAGCUCAGUUGCGUCUUCGCCGUCUGCGAACUGUCGCAAGAACCCGUCAUCUUAGGCAUGCCCUUUAUUGUCGCCUUCGGCUUCGACCACAUCGCGCACCUGCCCCGCGAAUCGCUCCACGACCACCCACUGGUGUUCGCGAGCCGCCGUUUGCAGACGGAGGCCGGGAGCGCAGACAAUGGUUUGAGGAGGCCCCCCCAAGGACAGAGUCUGGCGGUAGAGGGGGCAGUGAAGGGCGCGGUCCUGAAAGAUGCUUCGGAGGAUGCCGGGUCGAUGAGCGAGGAGGACGCGGCGGCACUAGCGGCGAUUGUGGCAGGGAUACGUGGAGACAUUCGGGAGGAGUACGGGCGGCAGUUGCGAGCGGUGUUGGAAGAGAACGCGGAGUGUUGGACGGGCAAGCGGCGAGGGUUGAUUGAGUGCAUGCCGCAUGAGAUCCGGUUGACGACGGCUAGACCUAUAGUUCAGCGUCCGCGACGUUAUAGCGAUGCGCAGUUGGCGGCAAUCGAUCGGGAGUUGGAAGUCAUGUUGGCGGACGGCGUGGUGGUUCCGAGUCGAAGCAACUACUCUUCGGAAAUCGUCAUGGUCCUCAAACGCACUGGAGAUUGGCGCGUCUGCGUCGACUUCCGUGAUAUCAAUAAGUUCACCGUAGACGACCGGUACCCUCUCCCGCGGAUCUGCGAUUUGAUCCGAGAUAUCCAGGAUUCCAAGUUCUUCGUCACAUUAGACCUCCGCUCCGGCUACUGGCAAAUACCCCUCGAACCAGCCAGCCGCAAAUUCACCGCAUUCCGCACACACAGGGGCCUCUACGAAUUCAAGGUCAUGCCCUUCGGCCUCAAAACUGCUCCCGCCACCUUCCAACGAACCAUGGACUUCAUACUCAACGACCUCAAAGUCGUCUACGACCACAAAGGCGGAGCGCCCGAAGGCGGAGCGCCUGAAGGCGGAGCGCCCGAAGGCGGAGCGCCCGAAGGCGGAGCGCCAGGCAAGCGGGGCGGCGUGCUCGUGUACAUUGACGACGUAAUGAUCCACGGUCAGUCGCCGGAGCUGUGUCUGAGUUUGUUGGACAAAGUGUUGCGCCGGUUGAGGUCGAACAAUCUGACCAUAAAUUUGGCUAAGUCCACGUUCUUCCUAGCGGAGACUCUAUACCUUGGUCACGUAAUUGCUCACGGACUUGUGAAACCCAACCCCAAGCGUGUCCAAGUCCUGGACCACCUGGUAGUCCCUCAGAACCUGGGGCAGCUCCGACGCUGUCUCGGACUCUUCAGCAGUUUCCGGGCAUAUAUCCCCAACUUCGCGGACAAAGCGGUUCCUCUUACGAACGCUCUCAGACUUACAGCACAGGCCGCAAGGAACCAUGCGAUGCUCCAGGGGCAAGCAGCAUUGGAUAUGUCACAGUCUAACAUACCAGCUGCGGAUGCACCCACAUGCGACGCCCUGGCGAGUGGGAUUCAGGAGGCCAACGCAGGCUACCAGAAUCAUAGCGAAUACCCGCUUGUUGGAGACGAGCUGGCCAUUGAACAUGCUUUGUUCGUCCUGCGAGAGAACCUCAAGGAAGCAGUGCUCAUCAACCCCGUCGACGGAGACAGGUACAUCGUAUCGACAGACGCGUCGGACUUGGCUGUGGGAGCUAUUCUCUGGGUCGAACGGUCAGAUAACUCAUCCGGUGAACAGAUCGGGAAGGCGGAAACCGGACUGAAGGGGAAAAUUGGACCCAAGGCAGACUCUGUCCGGCUGCCUGUUCAGUUUGCGUCGCAGAUCUUGAAUGCCACUCAAAGGAACUGGAGCACGACCGAGAAGGAGUGCUGGGCCUUGAUAUUUGGCCUGCUCAAAUUCGAACAAAUUAUUCGACCGCACGAAAUUAUACUAGAGACCGACCACCAAGCACUAACUGCCCUGAUGAAUGCGAAGACUGGUAAGCUCGGAAGGUGGGCAGUUCUGAUCAGCGAGUUCAACAUGAAAGUCGCAUGGAAAAAAGGUACUUCAAUGGCCCACGUGGAUUGUCUCAGUCGAGAUGUUAUGCCAGAUCCACUAGUUGAAAGAGCAUGUUACUCACCAUGA